UGCGGCUUGAGCUCUUCGAUACACGAACCGAUUUCCUGUAUCGUGUAUCUCUUGCAGGGGACUUCCUGGCAUUUCAAAACGGCGUGGAGGGACGGGAUUGAAGACGCUUCGACGACGUGUUUUCUCCGGUCUAGUGUAGGGACAUCGACGGUGCAUCAGAACCACGGGAGGAUGCCGCUGGAGGCUCCAGCGCGUGGUUCAAUCUCGUCAGAAGAUUCUGCCGGGUCGAUACGUGUCCAGGAUCUAAGGUAACUGUCAGUGUGCUGAGAGAGAUGGUGUCGCAUGGACUUUACCGAUUCCUUGCCCAGUGCGUUUCCCACGCGUCAGAUGUUGCGGCUCGACUUGGCAACGCCUCGGGGGUCAGAUUCGAUCCAGCCUUGUGCAGAGAUGACCUACCAAAUAAAUCAUCCAGCAGCCAACUCUCUCCCAGACUCGGGUCUCAGCCCAUUUCCAUUCCUGCGGCGGAAGCCACACCGCCCCCGCUUGUCCCCGAAAUUCACAGGCGUUUGUCGGAAAAACGAAUCUUAUGCAUCAACUGAGAUCAAGUCAUGGCCAUGAGAGUAUACUGCCUCUUUUGACAUGGCUUGACCGUUCUGAUUCUGAAAUUACCGUCCGGGCGAAUCAGGU